AUGUCAGUUACUUUAAGACCAAUAGAAGCUAAAGACUAUGAUGAAUGGUUAAAUUUAUGGACCGGUGAAGGUGGUUAUAUUGAAUUUUAUAAAUCAUUAGAUAAAAUUUCACCAGAAAUUUCUGAAACAACAUUUAGAAGAUUCUUGGAUCCAGAUGAACCAGUUUAUUCAGUUGUUGCAAUUGAUGAUUUAGGUAAAAUGAUAGGAUUUGCGAAUUAUUUAACUCAUAGGAAUACUUGGACAAUUGAAAAUUCAUUAUAUUUAAAUGAUUUAUUCGUUAGUUCAUCAAAUAGAUUACAUGGAGUUGGUAGAAAAUUGAUUGAAUAUAUUUAUGAUGAAACUGAUAGACUUGGUGCAAAAGAUUGUUAUUGGGCUACUCAAUUUGAAAAUCAUAGAGCUCAAUUAUUAUAUACUAAAGUUGGUGAAAAAGCUGGAUUUUUAUUAUAUAGAAGACCAAAUAAAACGUAA